UCCGAAUUAUUCCCAUACUCGCGUCGACCGGUCGCUGAAUUUGAAUCUCGUAUGAGUCGUAUCACCCUACUACGAGCCGAGCCAUGGCGGAGCUGAUCGCCAUAUCCCUCUCGGCCAAGGUCGCCGCGGCGCUGCUCCGCACAGGCCGCAGCACGGCCGUCUUCCUCGCCUCCUUUGUCUCCAUCCGCUCCGGUAUCGCCGCCGCCGCGUGCGACCUCGAUCUCCUUCGCGCCUUCCUCCGCUUCGCCGACUCCCGCCGCGGCACCAACGAGCUCGUCGACGCAUGGGUCAACCAGGUUCGCCACGUCGGCUUCGAGCUCGAGGACGUCACCGACGAGUAUACCUUUCUCUCGAGCGUCGGCUUCGUCCGUGCCUGCGCUGACGUAGCGGCCCGGUUCGCCCUCCUGAGGCGCCUGCGGAAGGCAAGGGAGAGGCUCCGCGCCCUGUCCGCCGUGAAGGAGCAGCUUGGCAUCCGGCCGGCCGAGGCAUCUGCGUCAAGCUCGGCUCCUGCGGCGGCCGCUAUCUGCCGGAACAUAUCGGAGGCGGCGCACUUCGUGGUGGAAGGGGAAAUCGUCGGUUUUGCCGAGCACACAAGGUUACUGAUGAAAUGGCUAACCGGGGACGCCAACCCCCCGCUGAUAAUAGUGGCCAUCUGCGGGAUGGGCGGUGUUGGCAAGACUACUCUUGCCACUAACGUGUACAAGAAAAUCGCUGCAAACUGCAAUUUUGAUUGCACCGCAUGGGUUACCGUCUCCAAGAACUUCACGACGGAGGACCUCAUAAGGAGAAUCAUCAAGGAACUUCAUCGGGGUGUCCGAGACAGUGCGCUGGGGGACACACAGGAGAUGGACUACCGGUCACUAGUCGAGGCUCUUCGUGGGCAUCUGGCUCACAAAAGGUACUUCCUCUUGCUGGAUGAUGUCUGGAAUGCGGAUGCCUGGUUUCAGCUCCGCAGUGCAUUGCUUGACAGUGAAACCGGGAGCCGAGUAGUCAUCACCACACGCAAUCAAGAAGUGGCUGCUCUGGCAUCAGACAACAGGACCAUCAUGUUGCAGCCGCUCCCUGAACAUGAAGCAUGGUCUCUAUUUUGUAGCACCACAUUCAGGGAAGAUGCGAACCAGGAGUGCGCAUAUCACCUGCAGAAUUGGGCUCUCAAGAUACUGCAAAAAUGUUGUGGGCUGCCAUUGGCGAUUAUAUCGGUUGGAAACCUCCUUCUGUUGAAGGAGAAAAUAGAAUUUGCUUGGAAGAACGUCCAUGAUAGCCUUGUGUGGGAUGAAAAACAUGACCAUGGAAUUGGGCAUGUAGCGAGCGUACUGAAUUUCAGUAUUGAUGACUUACCAUACCGCCUGAAGAGAUGUUUCCUCUAUUGCAGUGUAUACCCUGAGGAUUUCUUUAUCAAAAGGAAGAUUCUUAUCAGAGAGUGGAUAGCCCAAGGUUUGAUAGUGGAAACAGGGCAUGGCACGAUGGAGGAGGUCGCGGAUGGUUACGUGAACGAGCUAGUGCAACGGAACUUGUUGCUUGUCAAGCUGAAAAAUGAGUUUGGGCGUGCAAAGCGGUUACACAUUCACGACCUGAUCAGGGAGAUUGCUGCAUAUAGAUCAAAAGAAGAUGGAUUCUUUCAGUUAUCUACGAGUGCAAGGGUGGACUUAAAACAGAAAAUCCGUUAUCUUACACUUUACCAGUGCCAAAGUGACCACCAGUCAACUCCAAAUAUGCCCUCACUUCGCUCCUUCUAUGUGCUUAGAUCAGACCUGGAUGUUGCACUAUUUUCUCGUUUCAGAUUGUUAACUGUGCAAAAUCUCUGGUACGUUAAGGCAAGUAAACUGCCUAGUGCAGUGGCCAAUCUUCGUAAUCUGCGGUACCUUGGCGUACGCUCCACCUACAUUGAAGAACUACCGAAAGAACUGGGGAGACUCCGUGAUUUGCAAACUUUAGAUGCCAAAUGGUCCAGUAUCAAGGUAUUACCAAUCAGCAUAACCAAACUGAAGAACCUCCGGCACCUGAUAUUAUUUACACGUGGAACCACAGAUUUUAUGGAACCGGAACCUGGUACAGCAGUUUCUCUUCCAGAUGGUCUCGAAAAUCUCAAAUGCCUCCAGACUCUUAAAUAUGUUCAAGCUGAUCAGAAGGUGAUCAAAUCCUUAGAAAGCUUGGAACAGAUGAGGAGCUUAGAGCUAUUUGGAGUAGACCAGAGAAUUCUUAUCGAUUUGCCCUCAGCACUAUCCAAAAUGAGCUGCCUUCUGCGCUUGGGAAUAACCAAUUCCGAUGCUAAUGUAACAUUGGACUUGGAGCCAUUUUCUCCAGCACCAGUGAAGCUAAAAACCCUCAACUUAACUGGGAAAUUGGCAAGGGGUAAGCUACCAUCGUGGUUCGGUUCUCUUACCAACCUCAUACAUUUUCAUUUGCGUUCAUCUGAACUUGGAGAAGAUUCAAUUGUGCUACUCUCUUCACUUCCCAGGCUGUUACACCUUAGUCUCAUCAACGCAUGCAACGAGAGAAGCUUGACCUUUGUGGCAGGUUGUUUUCCAGUCCUUAGACAACUAAACCUACAGGGAUUGCCUAACCUUACCAGCAUAGAAUUUCAAAAGGACAGCCUUGCAGAUUUACGUCUGCUGACGCUUGGCCUAUGUCUUGAACUCACCGAGAUACACCGAAGCAUUGAGAACCUCAUACAUCUGGAAAAUGUGGAGUUGUUUCAGAUGCCAAGUAAGUUCAUAGAGAAGAUACCAUAUGGGAAAGGUCACGGGGCAAAUCAUCGAGAUGAUCAGCGCAUUACAGUUGUGAAGAACUUCUUCUGGCAUAAUGCACGAUUGUUGGAGCAAAAAAUUUAUAUCAACCUAUCAAAUGUUCAAGAGUCAUUCAAGACGGAUGCAGUCACAUUACCAGUGGGGUCAGUCAACUCGUCAAAGUUUCACAAAUGGCUUUAGGGGAUAUCUGCCCAAUGCUUAAGCCGACAUGGUGGUGGUUCACUCGAACUAAAUAUCCUAGAAAUGGUCUAAGGCCUACUAUGACUUCAAUAUGGGGCCCACAGCUUCGAAAAGAUGAGCCUACUUGGGGGCAGCGGCAACUCUUUUUCUUUUUUUUUUGAACCUGCAAAACUCUUUAUUUUACUACCUGUUGCAGCAUUGGGUACGUUCUGAAUGUGUAUUUUUGCUAUUAUUGUUCUGACGAAAUGUCAAGCCAAGGAUGGAUCCACGGCACC